CGCAUAAAAACCGGGAAAGACCGUAAAUUUGAAGUGGAUCCAUGGACCUUGAAGACCCUGUACUCUGUGUCUCGAGAGAAGGAAGAUGAGAUGCCUCAGUCCAUUGAAGCUAGCUACACUUGUUGGACUUUCUGUCUCCUUCUCUCUCUCCUAUUCUCUUUCUCUCUCCACCUCCUUUCUCCCACACCCAACAAAAAAUGGCCUUCUUCGCGUUUUCAGCGACGGCGACUCCGGUCCCUACAAGAUUGCAGGGGACCUGCUUUCGAUUCUCGGGAGCAAAGAGGAGGCAGCAAGAGUGAGCAAAAAAGAAGCCAAGGAGCUGAGAUCUUGUCUGAAAUUUCUGGUUCCCUUGUGCCCUAGAGAGAAGGAGCAUGAUUAUGAUAAAUUGGAGGGACGAAGAGAUUUAGGGCAAAUAAAGGGAUGGAGAGAUGCAGAUGAGAUGGUGUGGUGGCCUCCGUUGCCGGUCAUGGAGCUUGCUCGCCUCGCAGUGGAGUCGGGUGGGGAUCCGGGUGCCAUUCAUAGGACUUUGAAUCCCACCAUGAUCCCUGUCCCAGAUGUUGAAGGAUGCAAGAAGAACCAUUGUGAGCUAACAAGAACUGAUUAUGGAAGGCGCUUUAUUAAUAAGGAGUUGAAUUUGUACAUUGCAUUCUUAUUUGAUACAAUUGUUGCACGUGGUCCUUCUGUGGGUUUCAAUGUAUCUUUAAAUCGCUAUGAUUUAUUCCAUGGGCAUCUUUUCCUAGCCACCAACACAGGAAGGCUUGGAAUAUUAUUCCAUGCAAAAGAAUACCCUGCCUAUGAAAAGAAAGUAUUCCCUUAUAACAUGGGUUACUGCCAAAAAGGUUCUUAUGUAAGAUAUGACGAGUCAAUGAAUAUGCGUAACAUUCUUUGGCUGGCACCAAUGCCGAGCAAUAUCACUCGGUCUCCUCCAAAAUGGUCAGCACCUGGCACUUUGGUGGUUCUUGAUGCUCAUCCAAGUGGAAUUAUUUACGGCGAUCUUAUUCCCGAUUAUGCCAAAGAUGCAAGGACUAUUUAUGAAGAGUAUUUUGGUGAUAUAGUGGUUGACGUGAACUACUUCAAUGUUGGAAAUGUGGCGGCUGAGGAGAAGUUAUUUAUUUGCUAAAAGUUUGUAUGAAAUUCUCAUCCAACACUUUCCCAAAAUAUAAAUCUCAUCCAGGCCUUGAAACAAGGUACUGAUAAUCAAUUUUCCUUAUAAAACAAAAUUUCAAAUCUUAGGUAAUUUAUGAAAGCAUAUCUCAAAAACUAAUAUUUCAAAAACUAAAGUAAAUCCUCUAUAUUAUUGUGCUUCUUUCAAACCAUAUGGGUAUGAAUCAGUGUUUUAAAAAUUGGUCUGGUGGGUUGAACCGGUCAUGCAUUGGUUCCAAGUUGGAUUAGCCAACUAUGCAAAAUAUAAAAGAAAAAGGAUGUAGAAUCUAAAUCUUGGAUUUAGAAAGCAUCAAAAUAGGGUUUUCUAAAUGAGGUUUCAAAGUGGUGCAAAAACCUCAAUGUGUGACUUAAUGAUAAAAUUUAGCUAAAGCCUAGGCUUUAGGAUAAUGAGUAAAAUCACACAUCAAAACCUGACGAAAAUAGGAUCAAAGAAACCAAAUUGAUCAUGGCCUUGGUAAUUAUGAUCUGGAAAGAAUAAUGAAUAUUUAGCUAUGGAUGGGGUUUCUAUGAGUCACCCGACUCAUAUGUACACAUGUGGCCCCCCCUCUAAAAUUCACCUUUAAGUUGGAUUUUUUAUUCAAAAUUUUAGGGAUUCAUCUAAUCCGAGGUAAUAAUAAAUAUGAAAAAAAUAACAAUUUUGAACUUCAAAAUGUGCUUUUCUGGGGAUGUUUUUGGCACCAUCCAUAUUUGAUUUGACCCGUGUGUUUUACACAACAUCCAUCUUAAAGAUGGUCGUGAAGGGUCAGUGGGCUCUUGCACCUACUGACUCAUGGAACACUUUUCCUUUAGCUAUAAAAAUCAUGUAUCUUGUAAUGCGUCAUCUGAACCAUCUAUUCUCAAGUUUUUGUUAGUAUAUUUGAUUUGCACCAUUUUUACAUGGGCGACAUGAAAGGAUAAAUUCCAGGUGUUUGAAGCUGUAUUCAUGCUAGAGACACUGGGAGAAUGGAGGACGAAGAAAGAAAGAACUUGCUGUUUUUUGUUUUGAGCUUGUAUACUGUAACAUGUGAAGUGAGGCACUGACAAAGUAGAACUUGCUAUGAAAGUGGUUGCUAUAUGUUUUUGUUUUGAAUGUGCUAUGCUCCUGUGGGAGUGUACUAUACAUUUACUACCAGGUACAAGACUUGACAAUUCUCUCUUAA